AUGGAUUCGAAGAAGAACGCGUUGGACGCUGGAGAGUCCAAAGCGCCUUCCGAUACUAAGGACCAGAAGCCUGAUGUCGACUCGCAAACCUCGCUGGCGCCUCCCCCGCGACCUGCUGUAACUACUGCCACAGAUACUCCGGAUUACUUCAACUCGGUUCACAAUCCCUUCUCUCUGGAGCCCAAUCCCUUCGAACAAUCAUUUGGGGGUGGUUCCCAGAGCGAAACUCCUGGAAAGUCGUUACUGCCCCCUGUAGCAGCGCUCACAUCACCUGCUUUGCCUGGCACCAGUUCCAACGGUGGCUAUAAUUGGUCCAAUUCUUUGCGCUCUGGGCCGUUGAGUCCUGCCAUGCUUGCUGGACCAGCUGGUGGUAAUGAUUAUUUCGACAGCAUUGGCCGAGGUUUCCCGACUCCCAACGAAUCUUCUCUUCGCACCGGUCUCACUCCAGGCGGUGGGGGUUCUAUGUUCCCUGCCCCGAGCCCGAACUCCCAGGCGAUUCUGCAGCAACUACAGAGCGGCGGCGCGACUCCCUCCACAAUUGAAUUCCAUCGUACUGCAUUGAACGCUGCCAAGAAGAACGGCUUGAGUGGUCCUACUUCCAAUCCCACAGUCGAUUCCGAGGGAGUUCACAGUGUGAGCAUGGAUAUUAAGAGCAGUCAGCCUGCCAGCGUGGACCCUUUCACGCAUCACGAUGCUGCAGAUGCAGCCAACGGGUUGUUCAUGUUGGCCAAGGGCGGACAGGCCAAUCAAUUCGUCUCCAACCAAUCGUCUGUUCCACCUCAUACUAUUCAGGGCACCAAUCAAUCGCGUGACGCAGACAGGCGUGGAUCUCAAAAUGUCAAUGGCUCCGUAGCCAGUAGUAGAGAGAUGAGCGGUGAUGCAUCUGAUAUGCAGGCAGAACAGGCAAAGCCUUCCGCCAAAGGGAAAGGAAAGAAGAAUACUGCCACGAAAACAGGAAAUACAACCAACAAUAGACGCAAAGCAGACGAUACACCCGCCAAGGGUCCGAACAAGAAGGCCAAGACAAGCAUUAGCUCCGGCAGCGCCGAGCCUCCGUCCGAAGCUGGCGACUCUGAGGAUGAGGAUGACAUGAAGAAGAAAUCUCAGACCGACACGAAGAAGAUGACGGACGAAGAGAAGAGGAGAAAUUUCUUGGAGAGGAACCGGGUCGCGGCUCUGAAAUGUCGUCAGCGCAAGAAACAGUGGCUCGCCAAUCUUCAGGCGAAGGUCGAGCUAUUUACUACGGAGAAUGACGCGCUUACCGCCACUGUCACGCAGCUUCGCGAGGAAAUCGUCAACCUGAAGACUUUGUUGCUUGCUCACAAGGACUGUCCCGUGUCUCAAGCUCAGGGACUAGGUCCUCUCAUGAUGAAUGGAAUGUCGACAGGCUUCGACCCUCAUCCGUACAACAUCGCAAACAACAUGGGUAUGCAGCCAGGUGCACCUAUCCCUACUCAGGGUAUGCGACGAUGA